AUGUCACGGUUCCUGGAUCUAGCCUGUCCGCCAGCUGACGGUCCCAAGCGCUUGGCGUACAUCCAACAUCGUCUACAAGAGCAAGGCAUGCAAGUGGAUGAAGCACCGGAUGACGAUGCAGUUAGAGAGACAUACAACUUUGCACCGGGCAACUUCGGCGCCGUCUAUCGCGCUGAUAUCGCCGAUACAGGGAGCCACAGUGCUCAUCAAGAUGCCGAUAACGAGCACCAAAACCAAGAUCUCAAAAAGGGGAAAGAUGAUGCGAACUUGGAUAUUAAGCCAGGAGACAGCACCGUUAUCAAAUACAAGCUCCAGAGCAUGAAAUGGGGUCUCAUUCCAUUCUGGACGAAGCGCCAACCGGAUUACGGAUCUAUGAUGCGCACGAUUAACUGUCGCGAUGACUCGUUGAUUGAAGAUUCUGGGAUGUGGACUACCAUGAAGCGACGAAAGAGAUGCAUUGUCAUCUGCCAAGGCUUUUAUGAGUGGCUGAAGAAGGGGCCUGGGGGCAAAGAAAAGGUUCCACACUUUAUCCGGCGCAAAGACGGGGAGCUGAUGUGCUUCGCUGGAUUGUGGGACUGUGUUUCCUGUGAGGGUUCUGACGAAAAGCUCUACACAUACACAGUGAUCACGACAUCUUCUAAUUCCUACCUAAAGUUUCUGCAUGAACGUAUGCCCGUCAUUCUAGACCCUGGGAGUGACGCGAUGAAUAAAUGGCUGGAUCCCCGCCAAAAGACCUGGUCAAAGGAGCUCCAAUCAAUUCUCAAGCCCUAUGAAGGUGAACUAGAGUGCUAUCCUGUUCCCAAAGAGGUUGGGAAAGUUGGGAAUAAUUCCCCGAACUUUAUUGUGCCUGUCCACAGCAAGGAAAACAAAAGCAAUAUCGCAAACUUCUUUGCCAAUGUGAAAACGAAGGAGACUGCGUUGCCGAAGGUGAAGAUGAUUGAAGAGGACCGCCCAACUAAGGAUUUGGAACAGAGCGAGAAUAAUGCCCCAAACCCAGUGUCAGUUGUCAAAAGGGAGCAUAGCCCAGAGGCCCCUGGUGUCACAGAGGAAAGUAAGAAGCGAAAGGUCAAUCCAGAUCCAACGGGGCCAUCGCCGCAGAAAAAUAAGUUGCGCAGUGCUACACAUAAUAGCCCUAUGAAGAAGUCUAGUGGAACAAAGGCAACAGAUAGAUCGCAGCGGAUUACGAGUUUCUUCAAGAAAUAA